AUGUCUUCUAGUUUACCACCCCGACCGCCCUUCUCGUCUCUGCCCCUGGACCCCAAUGGUCCUCCAGGAAACGCAUGGGGUCUCUAUGGCAAAGACGAUCGCUUAGGGGCGCUGAACCUUCUGACCCCAGCCAUCGUCGCCGCUGCAGCAGCAUCAGAGAUCCGGACCGGUGACCGCGUGUCGCUGGACUGGUCGCUGACCAACCCUUCACAGCCGAGCUUCGAUCGGGCGCCGUUUGAAUCGAAACUUGUCAACCGGGCGCAUCCCAACGGGGAGAAGAGGACGGUCAACGACGACAUCUUGCACUUCAACACGCAGUGCAGCAGCCAGUGGGACGGGUUCAGGCACUACGACGAAGGGUACCAGAAAGCCAAGCGGUACUACAACAACACGACUCAAGACGACCUGGAAAAUCCCGAAAAGAUCGGCAUCGAUGCCUGGGUCGAGAAGGGUGGCAUCGUCGGCCGGGGCGUCCUGCUCGACUACGCAAGCUUUUGCGCCCGGCACGCACUCCCGCUCGACGCCUUCACGAGCAGCGACAUCACCCUCGAGCACCUGAAGCAGGUCGCCGCCGAGCAGAACGUCACCUUCCAGCCCGGCGACAUCCUGCUCAUCCGCUCGGGCUUCACGGCGGGAUACAACGCCAAAGACGACGCGGCGCAGAAGGCCGUCGCUGCGCGCGCGAGCCCCGACUUCCUCGGCGUCGAGCCGACCAAGGACGUGCUGCGGUGGAUUUGGGAGACUGGGUUUGCGGCCGUGGCGGGCGACGCGCCGAGCUUCGAGAGGGCACCCAUCGCGGGGCCUCAUACCGCCGUGGGAGGGGUGUGGAAGGACGAGGCGUGGGAGGAGGAGAUGCAGAGCGGAGGUUUGCUGCAUCAGUGGCUGCUGGGCGGAUGGGGACUGCCGAUUGGGGAGAUGUUUGAUCUCGAGGCGUUGAGUGUCAAGUGCGAGGAGCUCGGGAGGUGGACGUUCUUCGUGAGCAGCGUGCCAUUGAAGGUGCCUGGAGGCGUUGCUAGUCCUCCCAACGCAGUGGCGAUCUUUUAA